CAAGACUCUUCACUCUCUCUUCACUUCAACCAUUAUCAAUCACCACUGUCGCCCAUUCGGCUCACAAUGUUCACCUGUAUAUCAUGCCGAAUCGCCUUUGAGACUGCUGAAGAGCAGCGGUCUCACUUCGGCACCGACUGGCACCGUUACAACAUGAAGCGCAGAGUCGCCAACUUGCCUCCCGUAUCGGCAUCCGCCUUCAACGAGAAGGUGAUCGAGCGUCGCGAACAAAACGCUGUGCGCCCCGACCCCCGAGACAUGAUUUGCAACGCGUGCAGCAAGCAAUUCUCCACUGACAACUCGUACCGCUCUCAUGUCCAGUCCAAGAAACAUCGCGAGCGAGAGGCGGCGUUAGCGCGUACCCCUGCUUCGGCAGCUACUCCUAUCUCCGCUGAUCAAGUACCCUCCUCGUCAACAGCCGCGUAUCAACCCGCCAUGGAGGUUGAUGAUGCUGAGGAGGAGAGUGACGAAGAGAUGGACAUCGAAGCCGCCAUCGCCGCCUCGCGCAGAAAGAUUGGCCCGAUGGACUGUCUUUUCUGCAACCACCGUGCCGCCGACGUACAGGCAAACCUGGCACACAUGUCGAGUAUCCACAGCUUCUUCAUUCCUGACCAAGAGCUGCUCAUCGAUAUCGACGGGCUGCUGGGUUACCUGGGAGAAAAGGUGGCGCUCGGCAACCUGUGCCUCUACUGCCCCAACGGUGGCAAGGAGUUUGGAAGCUUGGAAGCCGUGCGCAAGCACAUGAUCGACAAGUCCCACUGCAAGAUUGCGUACGAUACCGAGGAAGAUCGAGUGGAGCUAUCCGAUUACUACAACUUCGGAGGUGCUGGUGAAUCGGACUGGGAAGAUGUUGAGGACGACAAUGAUAGCGACACACAUAACGCCGGAAUGCCUCACCUCACUGCCGAUGGGCUGUCUCUCACACUGCCUUCGGGACGCACCAUUGGCCACAAGGCACUCAAGGUGUACUAUGCCCAGCGUCACCGCCCCUCCAGCGAGCCACAGGAAGACCCGGCCAGGGCCAAGCUUGCAUUGGUUCGUCAACGCCUCGCGGACCCCACCUCGAGCUUAGUUCCCGUGGCUGGUGGCCAUGGAGCAUACGGUCGUGGGCUCGAAGUGGUUAAGGCGAGGAACGCUGGAGAGGCAACGUGGGCAAAGAAGCAGGCAAAGGCCUUCAAGGAUCAGAGGACUAGAGAGGACUUCAAGACGAAGGUUGGAUUCCGGCACAAUAGCCAGAAGCGUAUGUUCCUCCUGCUUGCUAUCGCUGACGUUUCGAAGACUUCAGGGACCCUCUGUGUAAGUUUGAUUUGUUUUGGCUGUCGAUGAUUUUACUUUCGUUGUCAACACCACUGACCUUCCGCAGUACAGUAGCGAGGAUGCACACGUGCCCGUCUCCACAGUCAUGGAGUCGUCUGGACCCGCUCAGGCAAAAUUGGGAGUCCGAUGCAUGGAAAUACUCGGACAAUUACCGGCGAGGGCAAGCUGCUGGGGAAGAUUUGGGAGCUGUGUUAAC